AUAUUUAAAUAAACAAAGCAUUAGUUAAAUUGAUAACCUCAAAUAUUUUGGUGCGGCAAUAUAUGCUGAAAUAACAAUAGAAGUUAUUAAAAACUUAUUAUUCAUUUCAGUUACGAUGGGAGCGCACGGUCACGGUGAGCCAUAUAAAAUUCCAGAUCCGAGUAUUUACAAUGUUGAUGAUAUCCCCAAACUGAAACAGGUUAAAGAGGCUCUUGCUCGACAGGGGCUGAAAGAUCCUUGGUUGCGUAAUGAGGUUUGGCGUUAUGAUACUGCACAGUGGGGAACGCAUGCACAACGCUUGCGCGUGUUCAUGACCCGGGGUUUUGUCUACGGCUUGGGUCUUGCUGCGCUCACCGUUGCUGCAGAGACAUUAUUGGGAAGCAAUGAUCAUCACGGUCAUCAUGGCGGCAGCGAAGGUGGUCAUCACUAGACCUGCGUUGUUGUUGACGUCUUUCCCCCAUUGGCUAAUGAUAAGCUAGAAUAUUUCAUACAUAUAUCGUGAUAUUGAUCGGAUCUUUAUUUAACUUCUCUGCAAUAAAUUUAAGUUUUUGAAAAUCGAGUUUCAAAAACAACAAAAAUAUUUAA